AUGGAUCUCAUCUCUGCUUGUCAACGGGCGAUGACUCCUGUGGGUUUGGAUGACAUGGUGGCAGACCUGGCCACUAUGUCUCCAAACGCCACUGCAGUGGGAUCACCGGGCAUCUCCGUGGCAACCAGACUCCUAAUCUUGCUUAUCUGUGUGCUGCUGGCUGCCUGGAACCACACAGACAAGAAAACUGUGCCAGGUCCGUCUUUCUGUCUGGGUUUGGGGCCACUUCUGUCAUAUGUGAGGUUCAUCUGGACUGGCAUAGGCACAGCCAGCAACUACUACAACAACAAGUAUGGAGACAUUGUGAGAGUCUGGAUCAAUGGAGAGGAGACACUCGUACUCAGCAGGGCAUCAGCGGUGCACCACGUACUAAAAAAUGGGAAUUACACGUCACGUUUUGGGAGCAAGCAGGGACUCAGCUGCAUCGGCAUGAACGAGAGAGGCAUCAUAUUCAACAACAACGUGGAGCUGUGGAAAAAGAUUCGCACCUACUUCUCCAAAGCCCUGACAGGUCCGGGCUUGCAGCAGACAGUGGAGGUCAGUGUCUCCGCAACACAGACUCACCUGGACGACCUGGACGGUUUGGGUCAUGUGGAUGUCCUCAGUUUGCUGCGCUGCACCGUGGUCAACAUCUCCAACAGACUCUUCCUGGAUGUACCUGUCAAUGAAAAAGAACUGCUGCUGAAGAUCCUCAAGUAUUUUGACACAUGGCAGACUGUGUUGAUCAAACCUGACGUCUACUUCAAGUUUGACUGGAUUCACCAGAGGCACAAGACAGCAGCCCAGGAGCUGCAAGACGCCAUAGAAAGUCUUGUAGAGCAGAAGAGGAGAGACAUGGAGCAGGCAGAUAAGCUCGAUAACAUAAACUUCACUGCAGAGCUCAUAUUUGCACAGAACCAUGGCGAACUGUCUGCAGAGAACGUGAGGCAGUGCGUGCUGGAGAUGGUGAUCGCAGCACCAGACACCCUGUCCAUCAGCCUCUUCUUCAUGCUGCUGCUCCUCAAACAGAAUCCAGAUGUGGAGCUGCAGCUGCUGCAGGAGAUAGACACCGUUGUAGGUGAGAGACAGCUUCAGAACGGUGACCUUCAAAAGCUGCAGGUGCUGGAGAGCUUCAUCAAUGAAUGCUUGCGCUUCCACCCUGUGGUGGACUUCACCAUGCGUCGAGCCCUGUCUGAUGACAUCAUAGAUGGCUACAGGGUACCGAAGGGCACAAAUAUCAUCCUGAACACCGGCCGCAUGCACCGGACUGAGUUUUUCCUCAAAGCCAAUGAAUUCAGUCUGGAAAACUUUGAAAAAAAUGCUCCUCGCCGUUACUUCCAGCCGUUCGGCUCGGGCCCUCGCUCCUGCGUUGGCAAGCACAUCGCCAUGGUGAUGAUGAAAUCCAUCCUGGUAACGUUGCUCUCCCAGUACUCUGUUUGCCCCCAUGAGGGCUUGACCCUGGACUGCCUCCCACAGACCAACAACCUCUCCCAGCAGCCCGUUGAGCAUCAGCAGGAGGCUGAACAUCUCAGCAUGAGAUUCUUACCCAGACAGAGAGGAAGCUGGCAAACACUCUGA